UUGGAAUAACUACAUAUGUACGAUAAUUUUACCAGAAGUACAAUAAUUUCAACCUGUGUAUUACGAUAAUAUGGCCAAAACAAUCUGGCAACGCUGGAGCUGGUGCAGCUGACAGUCUCGUUGUCAUGGCUACAGGGACGCAGAUAAGAGUCUGAACACUUCACACCUUGCCGCUAGUCCGGUGACUACUAUAUUUUGCCCAUUCAUGCAAACACGAGUGCAAGUCGGCGGGCACACGCUGAGGUGUAGGAUUGAAGGCAGAAGUGAGAACAAGUUAAUUUGUGCCAGUGUUCGACAUGCCGCCUAAGGUAAACACGAGCUGCAAAGUCAUAAGAGCCAGUGCGUGCCUUUUUUUUUUUCCACUCAGCCUUCCACUUCUUCUGAUCCUUGGUGAAUUAACUUAUCGGCAUGUAAAAGCUUCCAUAUGAAGAGCGGUAGUUGACUUGAAGAUCUACAAAUUAUUUAAUGAUAACAAGACUACUAUUAACACAUAAUUCAAUGUAAUUAAUCCGUGUUGGUUACUCCUGACUUGUCCUUCCAACUCUUCACUCAGUGGCUGGAACAUCCUUUCGUGAUGCGGCGGCGAAUAUCAUCAUCAUACGAGCCUAAUGUUAAUGUGAGAAUAACACCCUCAGUAUCUCCAUUGGUUAUUCAGAUGUACUAAGUCCAACGUGAUAUGAUCUAAUAAGGGAAAAAAUAAUCAUACUAUUACAUUAUGGCUACAUAUGAAAGGAUUUGAAUGGAUAUUAAGGAACAUUUCAGGGAAAAGAACGUUCAUAGUAAGAUAAUGAGCUGGUAAAACGUGUAUGUACAACAUGUGUACAUUACUUACAUAAUGAUAAUUCUGAGUAUUUAUAUUAAUGUUCUGCCUCUUUCUCAGCCCCCAGUCGGCACCAGGAAGCUCAGCAAAGAGGAGAGGGAGAAACUGCGGCGACUCGAGCAGGAGAGGAAGCAAAGGGAGGCAGAAGAGGCAAGGAUAAGAGAAGAGGAGGAGGCGGCGGCGCAGAGGGCAAGGGAGGCGGAAGAGGAGGCGCGACGGGAGGAGCGGCGGAGGGAGCAACAGCGACAAAGGGUGAAGCAGCUGAAGGCGACGCUGGAGGUGAUGCGGCAGCUGGACCUCACCAUGGAGCUGACCCGCGGGCGCCUCAGGGAGGAGGAGGAGUGGGAGCGAAUGAUGCGAUGUGACGGCUUGCCUGACCCCACCAGCGUGCCGGAAAUGAACAGGUACCUCAGUCUGUGGCGCGCUGACCCGGACUCCGCCACACUGAAGGGAGCGCUCGCCAAGACAGACCAGGUCAUCCAUGUGAUCUCGGAACUGGAAGGAGUAAUGGAGGAGAACUGCGACGCUACAGCAAAACAACGGAGGGACUGGAGAGAGAUCUGGCUAGAGCUGCAGGAGGCGCAGAAGGCGAAGCUAGACGAGGCCACAUACAACCAGCUCCUGGACCUGCGCCCCUACCUGGACCUGGAAACAAUGGUGUACGCCUUCUUCACCUCGUCCCCCCUGGUGUCUCUCGCCCUCUGGAGCAACACCACCAGGUCGCCCAAGAACAAUUCCCACGAGGUGAAGGAGCUCGGGUUCACCUUCACGCUGCCGGAGGAUCUGGCCGAGGCGGAGUGUGUGGUGCGCGUCAUGAGGACAGAAUACGACCAUUACUCCAAGUUUGCCCGCACCUUCAACAGUCCCGACGUGCCGGAGCCUGACAUCACCCUCCUCGACGUGGAGGAUCCCGCGGAUGCAGCACCUGGCGACGACCAAUCACAGCAGGGCGACCAGAAGAGCGAAGGAAAGGGCGAAGGUGAUAAAAUGGGUGCUCCUCCGACGUCCUCCAAGAAGAACAAGCAGCCUCACUUCACGGACACUGCCUACGCUGAGCUGAACCUGCGUCGGUACCGCAUCCAGGGCGGCGUGUACACCAUCGACUUGCUGGAGGUGCCGCCACAGCCCCGCGUGCUCACCGACUGCACCAUAACUCAAGUGGAGGAGGUGUGCACGGUGUCACGCGUGCACUGGGUGGCGCAGUACAACCCGCCAGCUGCCCCUGAGGCGGCGGGACAGCGGCGCCGCGAUCCUGAAGCAGUGGAGCAGGAGAUGAGGCAGCUGGAGCGGGAAUUGCAGAAACUACUCCUCAUAACCAUCAAGCUGCCGGACUCCGCCUUCUGGUUCGAGCCGCCGCAGAUGGUGUUGUGGGACGAGGCGAAGCGGUGCUGGUCCAACGAGUAUUUCCAUGACGUCAAGUACAACGAAGACCAGUGUGUCAUGCAGGUGCGCACAACCAGGCUGGGGGUGAUGGGGUUGGCCAUGAACCGCUUCGCCAACCUGCCCUUCCAGAGUUGGGAGCUGAAGCCUCAAGGUCCCGGCGCCGUCUCCCUCACGCUGAUCGCCGCCGUGGUGGUUGCUGACUUCACCAUUACGGAGGGACAGGUGUGCCUCGCUAACCUGCAGGACGGCGCCCGCACCGCCCUUUCGCACUUAUACGGCAAGCCCAUGAAGCCCAACACGCUCAUCAAAACCCUUCAGUUCUACGGCAUCAACCUCUUCCCAGACCGGGACUCGUACUGCUACAUCGACGGCCUGCCAGCCAAGCAUCGGCCCACAGAGCAGCACCUGUAUCGCUGUCUAGCCCUCGUCGCCCCCGCCCUGCACUUUGCCUGGAGCCGCUGGAACCUCCUUGCAGGGGAGACCAAACUCGUGUUCCAGAUGAAGACCAAGAAACUGUCAGCUGAUGAUACGCAGGUGGGGCAGCCGCUGGUGCUGGUGACGCCACAGAAAACUUCCAUCCUGGAGUGCACAGAGAUCUCACAGGCCUUCUCCACCACGGACGAGGACGAGUCUAAGCCGCCAUGCAUUAAGACACCCGCGGGAUCCAUGCCCGUGCGCCCUACCCACACAGACGUCUGUGUUGCAGUACUACGCGGACCUGUACCAGUUGGUGUUGGGUGAGAUGGGAGAGUCGGUGCGACAGACGGUGCAGGAGGCCUCGCCAGUCUUCAUCUACACCAUCCACCACGUGCUCAAGUCCGCCUCGGUGAUAUCUUACUGCUGAGCUGGACGGUAUGUGCUGCCAUACUGUGACUACAUGUGGACUGUACCAUUGUCACGCGCUUUUACGUGUUCCGAACUGUGGUCCUCCUUACAGACUGUUAGAGGCAGUAUGGAAAUACAGCGGUACCAGUGACAGGAGGUGACGGAAAAUAGGUUAUAAAGUCAAGAGCCGCGGUCUCGACCACUUUAGUUAGGAUGGCGGAGCGCCUAAGGUUGCUGUGCUAGAUGUGACAUGUACAAGAGCUGUGCCCGAAGGCUUCUAUCAUGCACGAUGUAGGGGAUGUGUGAGGUUUGCUGGAGGGGAGACACACCCUGACAGUGUUGAGAGGAGUGCUAGGCGAGUGGUCACACUCACAGGGGGCUAGUAACCCUGCUGUGAGGGAGAAGUCUGUAAUAUUCUGGAGUUCACCGUUUUGCCACAUCCCUCUUUUCUGCUCUGUAACUUUAUGAAGAUGUGUACAGUAUUUCGCCUUGUAAGCAAUAGUGGUAGCAUUACGCAGCUCUGCAUGUAAUAAAUCCUCACUAAUAAACUGAUUGUUAUCUUUAUCGGGGGCUGCA